AUGGAUCGGCAUGUGCAUGUGGUGAGUGAAGGAGGAUCACAACCGACCGAAAAAAUGCCAUCGGUGAGUGCUAAAGAGCAUCGAGAUCAAGUUUGUUUGGAUAUCGGGAGAUUCUUUUACGAGAAUGGAAUCUCGUUUAACGCAGCAACUAGUCCUUCAUUUACUAGUAUUCUACGUUCGGUUGGUAACUUUGGACGAGCAUUAAAGCCUCCUACGAUGCACGAGUUAAGGACUUGGAUCCUUAAAGAAGAAGUUAAAACAACCACCGAAAUGGUGAAUGACAUCAAAGCAACUUGGAAGAUAACCGGGGUUUCAUUGUUAUCGGACGGUUGGUCAGACAUGCGAAACCGAAGUCUAAUCAACUUUUUGGUCAACAAUCAAUAUGACACAGUAUUUUUGAAAACGGUUGAUGCAUCGAAUUGCGUUAAAGACGCUCAAAAAAUUUUUGAAUUGCUUGAUGGGGUUAUUGAAGAAAUUAUGGAAGAUAUAGUCGUUCAAGUGGUGACCGACAACGUAAGUAACUACAAAAAGGCCGAAGAAAUGUUAAUGAAGAAGAGGAAGAAAUUGUAUUGGACCCCAUGUUCCGCCCAUUGCAUCGAUUUGAUGCUUGAAAAAAUUGGGGAAUUGCCACAACACAAAAAUGCUUUGCUUAAAGCAAAAGAAGUUAGCAAUUUCAUUUAUAAUCAUCAAUGGUUGUUGAGUUUGGCAAGAAAGAUUCUUUGGAAAGAUCUUCUUCGACCGGCCGCCACAAGAUUCGCCACGGCUUUUUUGACGAUUCAAAGUCUUUAUGAUUCUAAAGAUGCUUUGCAACAAAUGUUCGUUUCUAAUAAUGGAAGAAUUGUGCUUGGGCUAUGA